AUGUGGCUGUUGCGGCUGCUCGCUACUUUACUAGUGGUGCUAACAGCACGUCCUGCCUUCGUUGCGGGACUCUCCGCUCGUGCCCCUGCUGCCGUGCUGCAUGUGCAGACCGCGAGGACAUCUGCUUUGCAUCCAUUACACGCUUCCGAGGAGGUGACACUAUGGUGUGCACCGGACAAUCUCCAGGUCACAAUCCGAAAAGCGUGGUUCGUUCGGAAACGAGACAAGAAACGUUUCGAAGCGCAAUUAAGUGCAAAUAAGAAAAACGCCACCCUCACACUCACAUCUCCAACUAUUGGCGAUGCGGGGGAGUACACGUGUGAGUUGGACACACAGCACGGACGUCUCAUCAAUCAAAUACACUUGUAUGCACGACCAGUGGCAGUUGCGGACAACGACCACUUCACUGUGAAGGACAACAAUGAGUUUCACUUGGAAGCAGAACGACGAUAUGUUCAGCGAGGAGAUGCAACGAAUAUCACUUGUCCUGUGUUCGGCUAUCCAACUCCAGGUAUUAAAUGGACUAAGGAUGGGAAUCCACUUGAACUCAGCGAUAAGAUAAGUCUCGAGGGCGUCGCCUUGUUGAUCUCCGAAGCUGACUAUCACCACGCUGGUUUGUACACCUGCGAAGCAGUGAACGAAUACACAGCUGGAGGAAAAACCAGUAAACCACUUAUUGUUAUCGACAGGAUGCUCGACGUAAAAAGUGAAUUGGCGUGGUUAUAUCCUCUAGCGGUCAUAUUCAUCAUACUGUUGGUACUAUUCUUAGUCAUUGGCUUUUGUGAAAUUAGGAAACGACGGCAGAACAGACAAUCCCGAUACUUUUCUCAAGAAUGA